AUUUUGUAUAUGAUCUUAUUAAUUCCAAAAUCUUGUCUGAUAUUAAAUCUGUGCAAGACCUUAUUAAUUCUAAAAAUCUUUCAGAUAAAGAUUUUGUAUAUGACCUAAUUAAUUCCAAAAAUAUGUUAAAUAUAAAAUCUAUACAAGACCUUAUUGAUUUCAAGAAUAUAUCAGAUGAAAACUUUGUACGAGACCUUACUAAUUCACCCAAUAUCCGAGAAGAUAGACAGCAAUUAAAUGAUGUUUUCUUUGAAGAAUACAAAAAUUGGAGAAAACCUCUAUCUAAACAAAUUAGUAAAAUUCUGCAAAAAGAAUCUCUCAUAGAUCAAUUAUCAAUUCAGUUAAAUAAAGAAUUUAAUCAAGAGAAACAAAACAUUGAAUCUCGUGAAUUUAAAAGAAUUUGCGAUGUAAUAGAAGAAAAAUAUCAAAAUAACGGAACUUUGCGGAUGAAUAUAAAUAGUAUAACAGUAUUUAGUUCACACUCUGAUGAUUUGUUGAUGAUUGAUAAUACAUUAGAUCAAUCGGAUAAUUUUCACCUUCAAAAUGAAGAAUUUUAUAUUCCAACUCCAAUUUUGCUUUCAUAUAAUUAUCAUGGUCAAUGUGGCGUUACUUUUCAGAUUGAUCCUGCAAUUUACGAUUUCAGAAAAAUAUCCCAAUUUGAUAAUCGCAAAUUUCUUCUGGUGCUUUACAAUAAAAAAAUCCAAAAAAUUGAAAUCUAUUUUGAUACUGCUCAACGGUUACCAAAAAAUUUUAAAGCAUUAAAAUCGCUAAAUAUGGACGAAAAUUUUCUUAUUGCUAUUAAUGAACCAAAAGAAUUAAUCGCAAUAUACGAUACAAAUAAAGUUGUGUUGAAUGUGAUUUCUUUUAAUGAUGGACAAACAUAUUUAUAUACACGAAAUCCAAAUAUCCAGUUAAAACAAUGGUACAAUAAUACGGUCCCAAAUCUCCAACAUCUAUUAUUUAUUAAAAAUACCGAAAAUCUUUGCUUUGUUGAAAAAGGUGGUCGGGCACGUAUUUUUGAUUUUAAACAAAUGAUAUUUCAAUCAGCGGUUUAUAAUUUUCCAUCAAAUUCUGCAAAUGUUUUAAGUUCACCCGAUGGUUCGUGUAUUGUAGCGUUUGUAAAAGAAAAUAUUGGGUAUAGUAGCCUUGAUAGUGCUUCAGACAGCAAGGAUGAUGACACCGAGAUUAAACAUAUUAAAGAAAAUAUUAAUGGUUCUAAUUAUAAAGAAAAUUAUGACAUUUCCUGGAACAACAUAGAAAUAUGCCGUGCUCAUGUUUACUUUUGCAUAAAUAAUGGAGUUACUUUUAGUAAAGUCGUUGACUUACCAACUUUCUAUUCCUUGGAAUUCUUGCAAUUUACUUGUAUUAAUAAGUUACAAACUCACUUGCUGAUACUUGAUUUACAAAAUGGAUUGUUUAACUCAUUAAUAAUUAAGAUAACCCUCGAAAAAACUCAAUAUCGAUUCCAAAAACGAAUGAAAACACAGUCAAUUGGACAUGUGAAGUUAAUUGAUAAUAUUAUCGAAGGAGAAAAUACUCUCUUUAAAAAAAUCGUUCAAAAUGGAGAAUAUAUAGUGCUAAUGGGGAAAAAAUUUAGUGUGAUUGAAGUUCUUUCUGACACAGAGUUAAGAAUUGCUGGCAAUUUCAAAAAUAUAUGUGAAUUUGAUAAUUGGACGGAAUUCCGCAUUGAACCAAAAACAAAAUUAAAUGGUCUUAUCGAUGCCUAUAAAUUAAUGUUUGAAAAAUAUCCAGUUGACAGCUGCGUCUAUCCUGAACAAAAUCGUCCUCUUAAUUUGAAGAUAGUUCUCGAUAUUGUGAAUAGUGAUAAAAUCGAUGAAUAUGAAGAGAAAUUUGAGGAAUACAUUUCUGAAAUCUUUAAAGAUUUGAAGAAUUCCACAAAAAAACCCACAACAGUUCUAAAAAAAUUUUCUACAUCAGUUAUUACUUUCGAGGAACUCGAUAUAAAAAAUGUAAAAUUUCAAAAGAAGAAUUCAUCAGAAUAUGAAUUGGGAGAUUGGAUUAUUCAACUUUGUUGUUUAAUUCCUAUACAAAUUGCUAUAACGAGAAAUAACUUGUUUCAACCUCUCAGGAAUGGAUUAUCUUCAAAUUUUGAAUUUGAUGGUUAUGGUCAUGUGAAUAAUAUUGCAGAAAACAUUUCUUUUGGAUGGUAUGAAGGAAUUUUCAAACAUUUCGGUGACAAAAAAGUAAAAAUUGUUUCUAGUAUGGGUGAACAAUCAUGCGGAAAAUCGUUCAUGCUAAAUCAUCUUGUUGGGACUUCCUUUGAUGGCUCUGCAAUGCGUUGUACUGAGGGAGUUUGGAUGUCGCUAGAAUUUCUUUAUGUCGCCCUCGAUUUUGAAGGUUUAAAUUCUCUUGAGAGAAGCGCUCAAGAAGACCUAUUUUUAGCACUGUUUAAUACCGUCAUUUCAAAUCUAAUACUUUUUAAGAAUCAAUUUGCAGUUAAUAGAGAUAUUUCUUCAAUGUUCCAAAGAUUUCAAGACGGUGCAAUGUUAUUUGAAUCAGAUUCCAAAUUAUUUCAGGCAAAACUUUGUGUUAUUAUAAAAGAUGUGGCGAAGAACGAUAGAGAAGGAAUUGUUCAAGAAUUUCAUCUAAGAUUUUCUCAAUUGGUUUCAGAGGAAGGUGAAGAUAAUUUCGUCUCAAGAAUGUAUCAAGGUGGAUUGGAUAUCAUUGCUUGGCCAAUGUUUAAUGAUGUUGCAUGGUUUAAGACAUUAUCAAAAUUGAAUAAAAGGUUAGAUAUGCAGGAUGCCAAAUAUGGUAAUGCACGAACCUUUCUACAAAAUACGAAAGUAAUUAUGUCUAAAUUAAAGAUUUGUGAUUGGCGAUCGUUAGAUGAAAACCUCAUACAAAUUCGUAUAGUAACAUUAAAAAGAUUACUUGUCACUGUAGUUUCUUAUGGUUUGGAGCAAAAUGACUCUGCAAUUGAACAACUUAUGACACCGAUUGAUGACCCAAUAGCCAAUUUCUCUGAUAUUUUACAUGACUUCAAAGAUUCCGAUCGAAUAAAACCGGAUGCUGGUCUCCAAUUAUACGGUGAAUACGAAUCCUUUGCCAAACUUUCAGAAGAUAUAAGAAAUUAUUUUGAAGAAAUUGUACAGCCACGAAAAGAUUCAUCUGAUGAUGCCAAAUGGUUCUCCGACUUAAAUGGAUUCAUUAAGUAUAUUAUUCAACGCCGAGUGUUGCGUGUUCAAGAUUGGUAUAUGCAAAAUACCGCCAAGUUUUCUCAGCAAAAAAAACAAAAUGGUGACAUUGUUAACGGCAAAUAUGCAAUGGAGCAAGAAAUAAGCAAACUUAUUCUUUUAUGGACAUUGUGUGGAUUAACAUGUCAUCAUUGUGGUUUAAAAUGUGUUAAAAAUCGUGACCACGAAGAAAAUCAUGAUUGUUUAACGGAUCACGAGUGUAAAUUUCUUUGCCACUUCACAGUAAUUCACAACAGAAAACCAGUUCCAACAUGUGGUUAUAAAGCCGGACAUGAAGGUAAACAUGUUUGCAAAGAAGAGAAUCAUUUGUGUGGUGAAUCAUGUAGCCUUAAUGAUAAGCGUAACUGCCAACAAGUCUGCUCAAAAGAAAUCGGACAUGAGGAUGAGCAUCUUUGUCCAUCUUCACGUCAUUAUUGUGGAGAAGAUUGUUCAUUAACAACAAAAACUCAGAAAGGAUAUUACCAUUGUCUUAAUAAAUGCAUUAUGCCAUAUGAAGAAGUGCAUAAUUUACACCGCUGUGAAAAUGAGACGUGUCCGAUUCAAUGUCCAAUUUUAGAUUGUCAGAGAAAAUGUCAAAGCAAUGAACAUUUUCACUGUGAUACUAAUACACAAGUGGAUCAUUUUUGUGAAAAUGAACAUCAAUGUCGUGAAUUAUGCGAAGAAGCUGGUAUAUGCAAAGUACUAAUUGAACCAAAGAAGCAAGAGGAAAUUUAUAAAGGAUUAGUUGAAGAAACUUCUAUUACAUUUACUAAGUAUAUUCAAUUAAGUGAAAGGUUGAGAUGUAACAAAAGAAUUCCUCCAAAUGCAUUUAAGCAUACUGGAAAACAUACGCAUCAUGCAAGCGACGACCUUACACAAAAUGGUUUUCAUUUUUGUGAUGUAAAAUGUCAAUUCUGUGAAUAUUUUUGUACAUUACCCUAUGGACACACACAAAAUCAUAACACAAGUCAUGGAAAUAUGAUACAAACCGAGUUCACCGGAGAAGAUAAUGAAUUUGAAUAUGCAGGAGUUGGAGAUCAAGGAACUUUUGUUCUUUGUAACAUGUUUUGUAAAGAGUUAGGAAGACACCGUCAUAUUAGUUAUUGUCAAAGCCAAGAUAUUUGUCAAGGACAAGAUAUCCAGCAUAUUGAAGAACAAGUAAAGCCCAAUCCUAGAAAACCAAAAGAUUUCAUUUCUCACAAAUUGUUCUGGGAACGAACGGAUCCUUAUUCUGCUCAAGAUCAACAAGAAUUUACAAAAUGUGAUCAUGAAUGUCCUGAUGAAAAGCAUCACAAAUCUAAGGGAUCUACAAGCAAAUUGCUAAGUAAAUCGUUUUGCGAAUUACUCCUUUUUCAUGCUCAACUUGAUCCAAAUUCAAAUCCACCUGAUGAUAAUGGAUAUAUUUCCAAAGACGGACAUCAUUUUCUUUGUGAAAAUCCAAGUCCACUUGCCGCUUUUCAUAUUAUCUUUGUCUUGGAUCGUUCACGUUCUAUGGAAUGGUUAAUUCAAGGAGACUCAUUUUCAACAUUUUUUAAGAAAUGGGAUCAUAAUGAUAAUAAUAAUAGGCUUAGCGCAGUAUAUCAUGCGGUGUAUGAAUUUAUGAAAUCACGUAUAAAUAAUAUUCAAACAAAUCAAUAUCAAGCCAUUCAUGAUAAAUUAUCAUUGAUCUUAUUUAAUGACGAGAAUCAAGAUCUAACUGAUCCGGAGAAAUUGUUUGAUAUAAUGAUAAAAAACAAGCCUGGUGGUGGAACAAGUUUCAAAAGAGCUAUUAAUAAAGCUGGAUCUUUGAUUUCAUCUCACUAUGACCACUCAAGAACAAAUGUUAUUAUCUUCUUAUCUGAUGGGGAAGAUGAUGUCCCAGGAAGGCAACUUCAUGAUAUCUGUAAAGAAAACCAAACAAGAGGGCAAUUAUUUUUAAAUUCAUACAUAUUAUUUGGCAACGAAUCAGCCACUUCCUCCUUAGAAGAAAUGGCAAAUAUCGCGCACUCUUAUCAUACUAAUAAUAAAUCAUCCGGUGAUCUACGUUGUCAAUUUACUCGAGUCAUCGAUGAGAAUAUUUUAGUAAAUCAUUUUACAAAUGUGGCAGUAAGUUUAAGAGAACAUAAGCCGACUUUGUUAAAGAAGGAGGUAGUUACCAAACAUAUUUAA